AAAGUCACACUAUCGCCACAGCAGUUCUCUCCUCCCUUGAUCCUGAAGAAGAAGAGGCCGUAGCUUGCACGAGGAAGGAGAUGGAGGCGAAGAGGUCGAGGCCGGCCGCCCUGUGCAUGCUCCUCCUCCUGGUGCUGCUGCCCGGCGAGGUGGCCGCCAAGUCCAAGUUCUGCAAGUGCUUCGACGACUGCUUCCCCGGGUGCACGAACGACAACGUGCCGCGCUUCCUCUGCAAAGUGUUCUGCACCAACAAGUGCAGCCCCAACCAGGCCGCCGUCAGUGGCGACGCCAUGUGCAGGAUGGCCUGCAACAAGCUGGACAUCAAAAUCUGCGGCUGGUCAGCGGCGCCGGCUGAUGCAGCUGAUGCGGCCGUCUGCGUGGAGAACUGCAACAAGAAAUGGAGCCAGAAUUAAGGCCCUCAAUUAAGCUGUUACGUUUCAGGAGAAGUAAAAAAGCAUCAACCAAUAAAAUCAGUAUCUCGAUAUGUAAGGCAUAUAUGUAUGAUGAGAUUGUAGCCAUAUAUGUAUGAUGUUGAACCUCUCUCUGAUUGUAGCAGCAACCAGUAAAAUCAGUAUCUCGAUAUGUAAGGCAUAUAUACUACACAAUAUAAAGUUGAUUUGGCAUUUCCAUGA